AUGGCUAAUAAAAUACAAAAUGUUGAAGAGUAUGACAAAUCUUUAAAUGAUUUGGAUAUAGAAUUGGAUAAUAUACAGAAGUGUGCAGUAGAAAUUUUUCACAAGAUAGAUAACUCAUUUUCUUAUCCAUAUCCGAUUGGUUCUGUCUCAGCUGAAUUAAAUGUUCUUUUAUCAGCAAUUCAACAUUUCGAAAAAAAAGCUAAAAGUUUGGGAGUAUCAAGUUUAACAACAACCGACAUAAAGAUUCAAUCUAAUGAACCUG